UCGAGUGAAAAAAUGCCCGAUCAGAAACCUGCUCCCAAGAAGGGCGCCAAGAAAGCGCUGCCGAAGCCAUCAGGCAAGUCUGGUAAGAAGCGCAGGAGGCUGAGGAAGGAGAGUUACUCCAUCUAUAUCUACAAAGUGAUGAAGCAGGUUCACCCUGACACCGGCAUCUCCUCCAAAGCCAUGAGCAUCAUGAACUCGUUCGUGAAUGACAUUUUCGAGCGCAUCGCUGGCGAGGCUUCCCGCCUAGCCCAUUACAACAAGCGAUCGACCAUCAGCUCUCGGGAGAUCCAGACCGCAGUGCGCCUACUGCUGCCCGGGGAGCUGGCCAAGCACGCCGUGUCGGAGGGGACAAAGGCAGUGACCAAGUACACCAGCUCCAAGUGAAGAGUGUUGCCAAAACAAACCGAAAGCCCAAAGGCUCUUUUAAGAGCCACUCACUAUAUCGUUAACAGAGCUGCAUUCAAUUUCAAUGCCAGACGGUACUUCAACCAAUAAUUUGUCCAAACUGCAGGCUAAACUCAAGCCGUAGAUUGAGAAGAAUUCGGCCGUAACAUGAUGCAGUUCACAUAAUGUCUGACGGGGACAGCAUCUGAGAAUCGAAUUUUGUUCUGGGUAGAGAUAUCGUUAAAUGAAAUCCCGAGACACUUCUGCAAUAUUAGCUGCACUCAAACAUUAGAUAUGUCAGACUUCAGUGAUGGGUUAAUUCGGAGAAUUAUUCCACAAGCAGAUCUGCAAUUAUUUGAUUUUAGAUUAGGUUUGAACAAAGGAUUUUUGGCGGGCUGGUAUCAAGUUUCAGUUUAUUUUCGGCGGGUAAGAAGUUACUUUCGCGCUUUUGAUUUUGAUUGGUAAAUAAGUCGGCUCUCUUGUUGGUCUAUUUGUUCUCCAAUGAAUUUAAGCGUUGAUGCACCAAUCCUGAAUGUCUCACUGCAUCCCCUCAGGGCCAUACAAGAAGGCCGCGGACGGGAAGCAUUUUCUCAUUCGCUGGGUGUUGCUUAGCUUGUUGAUAUGGAGGAAGUAAAACCAGCAGAAGAACUUGUCCCCGGCCCAGUUCCUAUUGGGCCGUGUUAAUAAGCUCUUGAGAAAGGGCAACUAUGCUGAGCAAGUGGGUGCCGGAGCUUCGGUCUCUCUGGGUUCUGUGCUCGAGUAUCUGACGGCCUAAAUUCUUGAACUGGCUGGCAACGCGGCCAGGGACAACAAGAAGGACCGCGUCAUCAGGAGGGGUGACGAUCGCCCAGGACGUUGUGUUACUCAAUAUCCAGGCCGUGUUGUUACCCAAAAGAAACGGAGGAUCCAGUAAGGGAAGACAGAGAAUAUGAAACCCGGCUACCCAAAGGCUCUUUUCAGAGCCACUCACAGUGUCUGUGAAGGGGCAUUCCAUAAGUGCGCAGGAAAGGAUUCGGGUUUCGCUCUCGCUGCGAAAGUUCUUAAGAAAGAGAAUGCUGUUUGGUCACAGCAAAAGAGAAUGAGGAAGUACUUUUUACAGAAAUACGAAAAUCAUACUAAUGUAUAUUCUACAGGUAUUUUUUUUUUUGCUUUUAAAAAAAAGGCGAGUUGGGAUGUGCCGAGCUGGUUUUCUAAAUCGUUUCCGGAGCUGAAGUUUUCUGCUGUGUGUGUGUGUGUGUAUGCUCCCCGGAGAGAUGGUUGGGGUCAGUUUUAUUUUCACUCCGCUUCAAUAUUGAAGUCACCUGAAACUUUGGAACAAAACUGAAACACCUGAAGGACCUGUAACUGUAUCUUCUGAACCAUCUGUGUAGAGUGCAAGAAUCUAUCACGUCUGCUUUGCAUAUAUGAUGGAACUACCUGUGAUACUGACAUACAAUCAUUCUUCACAAUGAUAUUUUCUUGAAGGCUUAAAUCAACCAUGGAGUAACAAAAAGGGGUAUACUGGGAUCAUCUUUCAUAUGAAACAAGCCAAUAUUUUGUACACAUACAUUUCCCAUCCACACAGAACUGAAGACCUUAUGAAUGAAGUACUCCCAACGCUCUACUAAUGUUGACAAUAUUGGAUAACCAACUUUAUGUCUCCUUAAGUUAACCAAUGACCCAUUGCUAACCCCUGUUGACUGUGGACAGCCUAGGCUGUGAUUGGUCUAUUGUCCAAUAAAAGGGUUGGAUUGAAACGUUAGCUUUCAUUUGUCCAAAUCUACUGAUAAGAACCUUAUUUUGCUGAUUCCUCAUUACUACAGGUGGGGACCACAUUGCCAAUUAAAUUGGCGAUGCAACCAGUUCCAUUUCAUUCUGUGUCUGAAACUCAUUUAAGAAAAGCCUGAAGCUUUUACUCCAUCUACGUGUACAAGGUGAUGAAGCAGGUUCACCCUGAUAACAGCCAGUAACCGAUAACUACCCAGCCCCAAAUCUCUGCACCUCACUCACAUGGUCCGACUCAAGUCUCCUGCUGAACAAAGAGAUUUAUCAUCGAGCCCAGCCAGGGACACCAAUUCUGUUACAAGAAUCACCCCUUUUAAUAAUGAUCAGUGAGGCACAGAAAAUCUGUAUGUGUCAACAAGUAACUUUUAUUAUUUCAACUAAAAAGCAUGUGGGUUCACACUCCUAUCUACCUUUGUGCUCUCUACUAGAACCCCUGACAAUCCGUGAACCGUCAAUGAAGAGAAAAGGUAUUACCCGGGAAAUGAGUCUACACUGGACAGGGAUUCCUCAUGGUUCCAAUCUCCACGUGUCUGUGGGGUCCUCCU